AUGGCGUUGCUACUUUCUGGACAGACUCCGAGAUCCGAUACAGAAAUCACCAUUCAUACUAUUACGGACCCCGAGAAAGGCAUCGCAGAUGGCAACUUUUCAAGCGGAUACUCUACGCCCACGUCUAGCUCAAACGAGUCCUCACAGGAGAAGCUAGAUCAGGAUAUCGUCGAUUGGGAUGGCCCCUAUGACCCAGAAAACCCCGUUAACUUCAGCGGCCUGGCUAAGUUCACCAGUGUUGGUAUUGUCAGCACGUUGACAUUCACCACCCAAUUGGCAUCAUCAAUGCUCGCUCCUGGUGUACCGGAGCUCAUGGUGGAAUUUGGAAGUUCAAGCACGUUGCUGGCUUCGUUUGUGGUGUCGGUGUAUGUCCUAGGGUUUGCUGUUGGGCCGCUGGUCCUGGCUCCUGGAUCAGAGCUUGUGGGAAGGAAGCUUGUCUAUGACAUUUGCAAUGUCGGAUUUACUGUCUUCUCUGCAGCCUGUGCAGUCAGUACGAAUAUGGGGAUGCUUAUUGUUUUUCGGUUUUUGCAAGGCUGUUUUGGCUCUGCGCCAAUCACCAAUGGAGGCGGUACAAUUGCAGACCUCAUCAUCCAAGAGAAGCGUGGAGGAGUCCUUGCUCUGUAUGCACUGGGUAUCUUCCUAGGCCCCGUCAUCGGCCCUGUAGCAGGAGGAUAUCUCGUGGCUGCACACGGCUGGCGCUGGGUAUUCUGGGUCCUCACCAUCAUCGAGGGGUCUCUUACUGUGCUCUCCUUUCUCUUCCUCAGUGAGACAUACCCACCGGUGCUCCUCAAGCGCAAAACACAGCAUCUCAUCAAAAAGACACGCAACACCAACCUACGCCCAAAGUGCGACAAUAUCAACAGCGCCAGCCGACCCCCCUCGCAGCUCUUCAUCCAGGCAAUUGCCCGCCCCACCAAGAUGCUUCUCUUCUCACCCAUAGUAUCCGCCCUCUCCAUCUACGCAGGUAUCCUCUACGGCUACCAAUACCUCAUGUUCACAACAUUCACCUCCGUCUUCCAAACCCAAUACCACUUCCCAACCAAGUCAUCCGGGCUAAGCUUCCUCGGAAUCGGAAUCGGAGCGCUGCUAGGCCUUUUCAUAAUCGGCAUCAUCUCUGACCGGAUCGUCAGGGCAAAAUCAAAACCAACCCCGUCUUCCCCAUCCAGAGCAACCAUGAAGCCAGAAUACCGUCUCCCUCCGCUACUCAUCGGCGCCUUUUUCACCCCAGUCGGGUUGUUCCUGUAUGGCUGGGCGGCCGAGUACAAGAUGCAUUGGAUUGUGCCGGAGAUUGGGACCGCGCUGGUGGGCGUGGGCAAUGUUGCUGCGUUUGUGUGUAUAAUGGGCUAUGUUAUCGAUGCGUUCGCGGUGUAUGCGGCUAGUGCGCUGGCGGCUAUUAUGGUUGUAAGGAGUAUUAUGGGUGCGUUGUUGCCGUUGGCUGGGCAGAGGAUGUAUGAUGUGUUGGGAUUGGGGUGGGGGAAUAGUUUGUUAGGGUUUAUUGCGGUUGCUUGCAUUCCGGUGCCGUGGGCGUUGUUGAGGUAUGGGGAGAGAAUGAGGAUGAGCUUUGAUGUGAGGAGGUUGGAGUGA